AUCGUAGAGGCAGUGAAUUUUCAGAAUUGGUCUCUAUUACAGGUUUCUCUUUCGUACGGUAUUUAGUAAUAAGAAACAAUGUCCUUCUUGGGCCUGGUUUUGAGGAGGAGCUUUCUGACAUCCGUCAGGCAUAGCAAAGAGAUCGAAUUCGCUAGUGCCACUGCUGGGGGUCACGGAGGUGGACACAAAUUUUGGAAAAAACUGACUUUUUUCGUCGCAUUCCCAGCUUGUGCUCUUUGCAUGCUCAGUUGCUAUCUUGAGCACCAAAAGGGUGAUCAUUCAAGAACAGAAUACUUCAAGUAUGAACAUCUUAGAAUAAGAACAAAGAAGUAUCCAUGGGGAGACGGCAACCAUACUUUAUUUCAUAACCCCCAGAAAAAUGCCCUUCCGGAUGGCUAUGAAGAGGAAGAAGUGCACCACUAGUUUAUUGUCUUUUCGUGUAACUACUAGUUAAACAUGAUGAUAAAUUUAUUAAAGUGAAUAAAUAGUAAUUUUUUUCAUCCUAUCUUACUUUUGAAGUAGAGUGAAAUUGUAUUUUCUUUUCUUUUUUUGUUUGUUAAUAAAUGUGUAACUGUUACGGAUCAAAAA